UUUUCUUCAAAAUUUAGAGAUUUACACUUAUGCAAGAACCUCCAAAAUUUUUGGAACCAUGGGCUCAUUGGUCUUGCCCAAAUCGGCGCUGUGUUUUUCUAUUGUCAGUACGUGUAAUUUGCCAAUGAUGUUAAAAUCCUAAAACCUUAAACUCUAAAAAUCCUAAAAUCUUAAAUUCUAAACACUAUGAACCUUAAAUUCUAAAUCCUAAUACCAGCUUUAACGGCGUGUUCUUUUUUUUCUAGCUAUUUUGUUUUUUUCAAAUCAAUAUCUUUUUUCUAUUAAUUAUAUAUGGCAUUUUGAUUGACGAUAAAAAAACUGAAGUGAAUUUGACAAUUAACGGUAUCCGGUAAACACAAGUAUCUUUUUUUGAAAGGGCAAUCAUGUGCACGUCCCUUUCUUUUUUGUUGUCCUCUUGGGUCACAGGACUUAUCCAUAUUUCCUACCAUUAUUCACCACCCAAAUCAUAUUCUUCCAUUCUCAUUUUCAACCUUUAAAUUUGAACUUUCUCACAUUUUUCUUAAAAUUCAAAUCGUGUACAUGGAUCCUUCUAUGAAAUAAAUAAAUAAAUGUAAUGGAUACAUAAUAAAAUUAAUAAUGAUUCUAUAGAAAAAUCCAAGAUCACGACAUCUUGUUCUUUACGGAUAUGCGAUUCUAAUCUUACCCAUGACACAGCUUGCAGUUUUAGCUUUUUCUUUGAUUUCUAGAAAGGAAAAAAACUUUUUUUUAUAUUAAUAUUUCGUUAAAACAAUUACGUCGAGUGUAUAAAAUAGAUAUAUAAACGUUUAUCUCUCUAUUGUCUUUCUACUUGUGAAAUUAUAAUCAUACACAUUGAUAUCAUCGACUAAGAACGAGAGAUGUAUUGCUAAUAUUGUGUUAAUGUUUAUGUCAUAUGAUAUGAGUUAUGACUUAUGACUAAGAAUUGACAAACUUGGUCAGUGACACUUAAUAGGAUAGAAAUAUUAAUUUUUAUCACAUACAUCAACGAUAAAUUUAUUAACCAAGCAGAUGUCUGAAUCGUACAUAUGAAAGGCAAACAUGAUAAAACGAUGAAAACUAUUGGCUCGAAAAAAUAAAAGUAAAUUACAAGAAAACGAAGCUGACCAAUGCAACAUAAUCUCAAACGAGGAGCAAAUGAGCUGCCACAACGAAAGAAAAUGCUACAACGUCGUUUCUUACAUUGAAAGCUCCUGAAUCCGGGGAGGCCAUUGUUGGUGGCAUGGGUCCCGGAGAAGGAGCAGAUUCCAUUGCCGGCAUCGGUGGGGAAGCCAUGUCAGGGACUGAUGCGGGGCUUGGGCCCAUAGGAGUAGUUGAUGGACUCAUUGGCGUCAUAGGUGAUGGAGCCAUGGGCAUUGGUGGUGGAGCCAUGGGCAUAGGAGGUGGAGUCAUAGGCAUAGGAGGUGGAGUCAUCAUCGGCAUAGGAGGUGGAGUCAUCAUUGGCAUCGGAGAGCCGCCGCUAGGCAUUGGUGGCAUGGACAUUGAGCCAGAAGGAGCCAUCAUGGGGGACUGAGCUAAUGAAAAAGAAAUUAAAAC